GGUGUUCCAAGUUCAUCGAGUCCAACCAUCUAUACUAUAGAUGUUAAUUUAUAGAGGAUUACUGAAAGCAGUCUUGCUUUGGUUGCAAGGGAAGAAGUAAUGACAGGAUUUGGAACAGGCAGAAGUGAAAGAGGAGGGCUGGUGGGCCAGACUUCAAGUAUGGAGGCUUGAAAAGGAAACACAAGGGCAAGCAACUGAGGAAUUGCUUAAAGGCUGGAUGAUUUUUGAGGUCCCUUCCAACCCAAGCCAUCCUGUGAUCCUAUGGCACACUAGGAUAUGGCCAAGAGGACUAUUUUAUUGCAGUGCAGUACUUGAAAUGCACAGAGGGCUUGGGUUAGCUGCUGGGAGCAUCCUCAGUAGCCUUUGAAGUUCAGGUGAGUGGUGCAAAGAGGAGCAGACUGCAUUAUUCACACAGAUAGCAUCCCGUUGGAAGGGAUUUGGUGGAAGGGUCCUUCCUGGGUUGCUGUUUAGAUGUUUUAGACGCCACAUUUGCUGUUAAUGGUGCUGCAAAGAGCAAGCAGGUUUGAAGAGCUCGUGUUGGGACUUCACCUCCCACAGGCACUUUUUGUGUGGGAAUAUAGUGAUGUUUUUUUGGAAGUGUUCUGCAGGGGGGUAGGUUCUUCAGCUGUUCCUACCUGUAUGUGGGCUGGGAGCCCCAUACAAAAACCUCAAGUGCUCUUGUUCAGAGUUUGGAGUGGGCUGCAAAGCCGGCAGGGGAGUAGGGGCAUGCUCAAGAAAUGUUUCUUAAUGGUUGAAAUAGUACAGAGUAUGGUUUUAUCUUUUUCUUAAAUAACCCAAGAAUCGAGCUCCCACCUAGCAACUGAAACUUUAUGGCCAAUCAUUGAGGAGUGGUUUCACGAGAUUCAAGUCUUACUACAGCAUUAGUGUUCUGCAUCUGAGCAAAAUGUUACUUUUAGUGAUGGCUGUGAUCCUGCUGUAGUAAAAGCAGUGGAUGGAGUUGGCAGCGUUCUUCCAGCAUGCCGGCAUGCUCCUACAGACUUCCCCUGGCCCAGGACUUUGUGCUGCUCCUGGCUGUGCACGUGAGGAAGGCAGAGUGAUUUAAAGAGUGGUUUCCAGCCCCACAAAGUCAGAGGCAGAAGGUCUGUUUCUUGCUCUGCCACUCAGCAGAGCUGCAUAGUUCUGUGGUGUCAUUUUUCAAUCUGGAAAACAAGAGAGAUGACACCUUGCUAGUUAUGCACUGAAAAUAUCUAUGGAAAUUAAAGCAUCUAUGAGACGCUUUUGCUUCCUGUCCAGCUUGGCAUAGUCCAGAUGUUCUGUGCAUGGUCUAAGUGGCAUUGUUCUCCAGAAGAGCAUUACAACCUCUCCCUGCUUCAGAAUACUGAGCCAUGCUGCACUUCAGAGUACUGAGUAAAACUGCACGUAUCGUUGCAGUUUUUUCCCACUUUGUACCUGUGUCCUUUUCCCAGCAGAUUCUUUUUAGCAUUCUCAGCAUUCAUUUGUAGUGCAAAUGGCUCCCAUGAAUAGGAGUCCUGUAAGAAGGGUUGCUGUGAAAUGCUGCGUUGCCCUGGUAUUGUUAAAACCAGAGAACCUCAAGGAACACUUUCUUGGAAGCUGCAGUAUCUGCAGUGUAAGUGAAUUGCAGGCUUGUCUGAACUGCUUGUAAUCUUAUUAAUGGUUUGAACCCGCUGUGUCCAUCUUGAUGGCUGUAGGAAGUGGGUGAAAUCUGAUAGAGAAAAUCUAUUCAGCCUUUGCCAGGGCAGCUCUGUGCCCUGCAGUGUGGUGGUGGUGCUGGGCUGACUGCAGAGCUGCCUGCCAGAGGAGCUCUGUCAGCACACUGGGAAGGAAUGGGGCUGGAUGGACUGGCUCCGCUGGGGCUUGUGGGAGCCUCUCCAUGUGUUGUGUGCACUGAGGGAUUGGUGUUUACUGCUUGCAGUUUGAUAGCAUUGCAUUUUUUCUUUAGCCUUUGUGAAGAUCACCUUCUGUGCUAAGCCUGAGUGGGAGAUGAGGCUGUGAAAUCAGCAGCUGGUCUGUAAGUGUGGUGAGGUGUUCCCAAAGCCUAGCUCAGGUGGAGCGAGGCAUGCUCGUGCAAGGUGAGCUCCCACCUCCGAUUGCAGUGUGAUUCUUCCUUCCUAAGGCAAGAGAAAACAGAACUGCUUACUCAACAACUGAUGGCGUUUAUGUGGAAGGAACUUUCUUUGUUUCUGAAAAAAACAUUGUAACCCUGAAGGCUGGCAGCUCUGCUCUCCUUUCAGCUGCUGAAUCUGUAACAUCUCCGAUCUCUUGUUUGCUAUAAAACCUGUGAUCUCAUGGAGGUGAGGUAACUUCCUGAGCAAAGGACCAGAUGAAGGAUUUGUGAAAUGCUCUUUUCAGAUUCACUGGAGGAACGUGUGUGGGGUUGCUCUUUAGAAGGCAUCUGUUCCCUGGCAGCAGCCUGGAUUGCAAUCCUUUGGCUCGUCUCUUGCCCUGGUUGUGUCAGGCUCUUUCAGGGUGAGCUGAGGGGGCACGGCCAUGUGUUUCACCUCUUGUGUAUCUCACCUUGGAUAUAUGGGUAUUCUUAAUGUGACUACUGAAAGCCUGUGUGGUAGGAAUUUAAAGGACUCUAUUUGCAAGACAGAGGUAAUUUUGCAGCCUUAAAAUGCAGUGGUUGGGUUUAGUUGUUAGCAGUGGAAGUGUGUUUGCCAGCUUGGAGCCAGAUGUGGUGGCUUGAGCUGUCAGUCAGAAGGAUUUCAUGCAGUGACCUCAGAACUUAACAUGGGCGACUUCUCUACCCCUGUAGGCUUCUCCAAAGCAUUGGGCAGAAUUGAUUCCUCUUUUGAUACCUGAGGGUGGUCUCUUCCACUGAAGGAAACACCAUUUUAGACUUAUGUGCUGCUGCAAUAUAUUCCUUCCUGUUUUGACUUUUUUUUUUGACACUUUGCUCCUUCAUGAUUUUACUCAAGAACUGCUUUCUUUAAGGGUCUUAGCUGCUCAGGUUGGUGUGGCUCCUGUAUGCAGAGCAGGAUCAACGAUGUGCAGGGAGGCAGGGACAGACACCUGAGCUCUGGGACCUGUGUCGCUGCCUGCAGUGUUACUUAAGCAACUGCUGUUUCUCUGCCUUGGUUAUCCAUAAGAUAGAACUGAUAAUGUUGGCUUUGGAACCCCACUCCCUAUCCCCCCCCAGGAGAUCUGGACUAGCUACUCAGUCUGUUGUUGUUCAGAUACCUAAAUGUUCAGUUCAACUGAAUCCUGCCAGGAGGCUUCUGAACAGGUUUUACCAACAGAGCAUUAUGCUAGGAAUUUCUGUUUGUAUUAACAUUGCUGGUUUGUGAUCAGCCCUCCUUGCUUUGCUUUGAGGGAACAGGAUAUUGCAUCUUUGUAUUCUCCCUGGACGUUCAGCUCUCAGAGGAACUGGAGCAGGGUGAGGUGAAAGGCAGAGCCACUUUAGAUAUUGUGGUUGCUGUACUUCAGCUCUGGGCUGAGGUCUGUGUUGGGACAAGUCUCCUCUAACGCCUCUGUAGCCUGGAUGAGAGGGCGAAGAGUGUGAUGCUGCUAGUAGUCAUUGCUUCCAGGUUGCUCCACUUAAGAUCAAUUACUUGUUCUGAAAGGUAUGAAAGCCUUCCAGUGCUGCUUCUUGGGUUAAAGAUACAGUUAUUCCUUUGUGACAGACUGGCACUUAGGUGUUGAUUCCUUCCUUGUUGCGUGAUGGGGAGAGUUGGGCAGAAAAACCUUGGCUUUGGUCCUGCUGGGAAAGGAGAGGGAGUUUCAUAGAAUCUCAUAAGCAUUUCUGUGGGCUGUGGACCAGCUUUCUGCAUGGAUUUUUUUAAUUUUUUUUUUUUUUUGUCAUGCAUGCUCAGGAUGAAUUAUUUCUUAUCUUUGUUUGUUUGCUCAGUUAGUGCAGUUCAGGGGCCCUCUUUAGGGUGUGACAUUGUCUGUCCAGGGCUAGUUAAUGUUUUUUGUAAAUACAGUUGAGCUCUUCUCCAGGCUCCAGUCUGCAUUAUGUUUCACAGUAAGUUACAAGACUGUGCUUCUUGGCUGUCUUUCUCUGCUCCUUGCCUGUCCAGCACUGGGAAAGCUGUUUAGCAGAGAGGUGAGGCAUCUGUAGCUCACAGGCCAAGCCGUGAGGCUGCCCAAUGGUUCAGCAACAGGAGCUGUGAUUGCUGACCUGUUGGUAUGUCUGUGAGUGGGGCAGCAGGUGAACCUGGUGAAGACAGCUGAAAAAAAUUAGGUCAGGUCAUUUUACAGAGCAUGCCCUUUGUGCUCCCAUCAGGUUUUAUCUCUACAUACAGAGCAUCAUACCCUGGGGUGAAUCCUGCACUGUCCGGAAGACUGCCUCUCUUCUCUGUGCUUCUGCUGCAUGUCUCAAAGUCAGGCUUGUCUUUGAGGUGUGAUGGGCAGGCCGGCCAGCAGGCAGGUCUGCUGGCAGACAGCCUCUGACAGCAUUACUCAGCUAGCAGCAUACCUCUGCAAUAAAUCAUGGAAGAUGGAAUCCUGGUCUCUCAUUUUUUUUACAGGGAGAGAAGAUUCACAGGAGGCAAUGCAGAGGGCAGCUGGAAUUGUUUAGAAUUAAAAGGAUUGCAAGGAGGGUCCCCCCCUGGUGAAUCACGAGCCCUGUUUGCUAAGGGUUUUCCAUCUCUUCUCUGCACUGCAGAAUGCUGGCUUGUUUCUCUGAUCUGGCAGGAUUUUUUAUUUUUUUUCUUCAGAUUUUUGAAUAAAUCUUAGCAGCUUCUCCUGGGCAGUGCGACAGACUGACAGAGACAGGCUUCUUGUGGCCUGGGCUUUUGGUACAGCCUGUCUGCUGCACAGCUCUUCUGCGCAGAUCCUAUUGACUUCGUAUUUAGAUGCUGAUAUUCUCCUGAUGGUCUCCCUUUUACUAAGCACUUGUUCCUGGAAAUUGCUUGCUCAUCUGGUCCCUUUCCCAUCAGAGUGAUCGUCCCUGCCUGGCCCAAAGAGGACUUCUACAGGACAAAAGUACAUUUGGCACCAAGCCCUGGGAGCAGCUGGUUGUGCUGUUUCACCAAAGCUCUUCUAAUGGCAGCCACUGGCAUCUUUCAUUGCUGAGGCAGGUGGUGACUGUUCCAUGGAUAGUUGGUUGUUGGUAGGACAUGUUCCAGAAGCAGUGGUAUCUCCCUGUUGACUGAUAAACAUUUAGCUCUGAGGGUUAGUAGCAAAAAAAAAAAGACUAUGUGUAUUUAAGGAAAAGUGAACACUACUGAUCUGUAAAACUAUACCAUGUUUUUGAGAAGGCUUCAUGUUACGGGUAAUGUUAGAAACCACAGUAGGCUUCAGUUUAACAUAAUCUCUAAGCAGUUUCUCAUUUCUGGAAGUACAAUUCAGCUCUUUCAAUCUGCAAAUUUCUUAGCAAUUCAUACAAAAUUUAUGGUCGAGAGUCUUCCUGAUCUGAAGAAAAGCCCUUUCAGUGUUAAUCUCUCCAUCCCAUUGCUUUGUUUUGUGUUUGUGACUGCUGCCAUUUAAAGAGCAAGGAGUGUGAGUCUAGAGCAAAGAAUCUGCAGUGGUCCAGGUCUUUGCCCAAGUGAUUGUGGUUGGUGGGGUGUGAGGAGCUGAGGUGGUUCCUUCUAGUGUGUGCUACCUUUGAUCAAUCUGUUUGCCCUUUUCAGUUAAGGCUGGCUGGCUUCCAGGUAUUUGAGCUCCACUGAAGUCUUGUGAAUAAAACUCUUGCAGCUCUGCCUCCUUCCUACAGGAAUUUACAAAGAGCUUUGUAGACAAUCCUGUUUGUCAGGGGGUCUUUCCCUUUGGCUGUGUUUUCAGCUCAGAGGUUUCCAGUUGUUAACCAGUGCCAAUAGCUCCAGCUUCUCACGGGGCUCUUUUUGCAGGACAGCCUCCCUGUGCAUGGUGGAUCCCUGCUGCAGCUCCCGGACUUGCACACUGUCUGGAUAAAAAUGUAUCCCUUCAAAAUGGAGUUAGACAGUGUCAGUACCCACAGGUCAGAUUCAGGGUAGCAAGGUGAGGACAUGAAGACACAGAUGUAGAGGAGCUCUCUGUCCAGGAAGUAAUUUUGGCAUGUUAUUUGUAGCCUGGGGCCUCUGAUAUAACCGGUCACGCUGCAGUGUGCUCAGAUUCCUCUGAGAUGCUCAGUAUUUCACACUCUGGUGCUGUCCCUGGAUAUUGCUAGUCCUGAGAAUGGAAAGAGCUAAGCUGGGUGCUAAUGCUGAUAGCAAACCUUCUCCCAAAGACCUCUAUAAACCCAGAGAGACACCUUGCAGAAAUGCAGGUGAGAGAUUUUUAGUUCUCCAUAACAGAGAAUAGUGUUUCAGGGUCAACAAUCGGUCGUGGAGACCCUGAGCACAGGUCAGAGGCUGUCAGUUUUCGCAUGUCAGCAUCAGCCUUCUGGUUCUGACUCCCCUCAUAAUCAUGCGAGCUGGCAGUUUAGGUCUCAAUUAACUUGAUUUUUCUCAGAAACUGCUUUGCUCUGCAAGACUGGAAGGCUUUGACAGUCUCUGCCUGGAUUCCCUGUCAAGCUGUGUGUUGGGAAAAUAGGGCAGUGUCAUAUGGCCUUUGGAGGCUCUGUGUGUGACCCAGUGCCAGGUGACCCAGGGACAGCUCUGUCCUGCUGGUGGGGUGUUUGCCAUGGGGCCCAGCAGUGCUGUAACCUUUUUGCAUGCAGAAAUCCCUCACCUCCCCAUGGACUUGUGUUCCCCUUUGCAAUUCACUCUGCUACAUAAUGCACAAAAAGAGCUGUAUUUCACAUUUUCAGCUUCAAAGUGUUGAAGGAGUUCAAAGUAGCCAUGAAUUUUACUUAUCCAGACAACAGUUCUGGCUGUCCCAGAGUGUUUGAGAGGGGGUUCUUUCCCAGCACAUUCUCAGCAUGACCCCAGCUCUUCUGCAUUGAAGUGGUUGUUUAUUCCUCCUGCAUCCUUCUAAUGAUAUCAGAUGUAAUCAGGAGGCAGCUGAGACCCAGUUACAUAACUGGUUGUCAGGGUUUCUCUUUGGCAACAUUACCCGUAUGCUGUUUGCAUGCUGACUUUCAGGAACUUGGGGCUUUUCUGUUAACUAGCUAAUUCCUGAACCUGAUGUGAUGGCUGUUUUUUUUCUCUAAUGCCUAAUAAUUUGAUCUGGUUUGAGGUUUUCUAAACCUUAAAAUGGAUGUUACUGCUUGGGAUUUGUGAGGCUGAUGCAGUGUUGGUAAGGUCCAGACGAGCCGUCACCUUGGGGCUCAGUGCAUACCUGCGGGUGAGGUGGAUGUGGGAUGGUGCAUGGUUCCCUCUGCUGUUAACACGGCCCGCAACCCUGCUGAUUCAAAAAGGGCAUUGUUCAAUGCAGCAUCUACUUUUCUGCCAAGUACUCUAAACAGUGUUUUCCUUCUCUUUUGUAUUUAUCCUACUGAUGAAGUGUGGUGGAAUUGGGGAAAGUGAGUUUUCUUUGGCGUAUGGUGAUCAUCCAAGCAAAGAUGGAACCAGACUGGAGGCAAAGAUCCAUUUGCUGCUCUGCAGGGGAAGGUGUUUUGGGGAUGCUGGUCAGCACUGCUGCCUCUGCAGACAUUCAUGCUGCAGCCCAGAGUGGCAGUCUGGCUGUGAGGGGCUUCUGGAGGAGCCUGGUGGUGUUUCUGAGCAUCAUGUGGAUGCUAUUACUGAGCGACACAAAAUGCUUCUCUAUCUCUCCACUUGCUGCCUAGCACACCGAAUCACUUUGGGUUUAAAUCCCUGCACUGCAGGGCAUUCACUGCAAGGUGCCAGGUUUAUUGGUCUGAAACUUGCUCCCUGACAGCAGUCUUUCUGUGGGCUUUACUUGGCUCUCUGCAGGUUUGCAGUACAUUCUCAAACUGACUCUCCAGCAUGGUUGUGGAAGGUGCUUAUUUUGUUUAUAAUGCCAUGGACUAAUCCUCUUACCUAGAAAUGGUGUUUGAUAAGGCAUUACUGGGAGAAGUUGCAGCCUUUGGUCAGAGAUGGUCUCUUUCAGAAUGCUGAAUGAUUUCUGGCUGCACUGGGAGCGUGCUUUCAGCUGGAUGAGUUUCAGAAAGGGUAAAGGGCAGAUUGGGAGCGGCGCAGAGAAAUUUCCUUACUAGAUGACAUUUCAUCGCAAUGUCCGAUCGUUUGGGGCAAAUAACCAAGGGAAAGGAUGGGAAAAGCAAGUACUCGACUCUCAGCCUGUUUGAUAAGUAUAAAGGAAAGUCAAUAGAAGCUAUCAGAACUACAGUUAUUCCUAGACAUGGCUUACAGAGUCUUGGAAAAGUUGCUGCUGCUCGGCGCAUGCCACCUCCUGCAAACUUGCCUAGCUUGAAGUCUGAGAACAAAGGAAACGACCCCAACAUCGUUAUAGUACCCAAAGACGGUACAGGAUGGGCAAACAAGCAGGAUCAAUCAGACCAAAAGAAUUCCAGUGCGACAGCUGCACAGCUGCAGGAGUCGCUGCUGCAGCAGGGUUUGCAGAAAUCUGUCUCCAAUUUACAGAAGCCGACACAGUCAAUCGCUCAGGAGAGUACAAAUUCAGUGCCAGGUGGACCAAAGUCAUGGGCACAGCUGAAUGGAAAGCCAGCAGGACUAGAAGGUGGUUCAAGGGCCUCAAGCCGACUGUUAUCCUUCUCUCCCGAGGAAUUUCCGACGCUGAAAGCAGCUGGCGAGCAGGACAAGGUUGGCAAAGAAAAGGGCGCCUUAGAUCUGUCGUAUGGGCCAGGACCAAGCCUCCGCCCCCAGAAUGUCACAAGUUGGAGGGAGGGCGGUGGGAGGAACAUAACCUCUGCUACAUCUCUGACCGCCUCCCCUGCUGAGCUGGGCAGCAAGACCUCUAGCACUGGAGACGGAGCCCCCUCCUCAGUGAGUGCCAGCGAUCCUAAGGAGCCGUCUCUCCGCCCAGCUCAGCCUGUCCGCAAAGGGGCUUCGCAGUUCAUGGGAAAUGUCUACCAGCCACCUACAUACCAUGACAUGCUACCUGCUUUUAUGUGUCCACAACAGCCAUCUGAGACCCCUGCGCCAUUGGACCGAGGGUCUUUCCCCGUUCCUCAGCUUCGGCUUGAGCCCCGUGUCCCUUUCAGACAAUACCAGAUGAAUGACCAGGAUGGAAAAGAGAACAGGCUUGGCCUGUCUCGUCCAGCACGUCCACUUCGACAGCUGGUAGAGAGAGCACCUCGACCCACCAUUAUCAACGCAGAGAACCUGAAGGGGCUGGAUGAACUAGAUAAUGAUGCAGAUGAUGGAUGGGCAGGCAUUCAUGAUGAAGUGGAUUACUCUGAGAAACUGAAGUUUAGUGAAGAUGAGGAAGAGGAAGAAUCUCUUAAAGAUGGACGGCAGAAGUGGAACAGCUGGGAUCCCAGAAGGCAGCGGCAGUUGUCUAUGAGCUCUGCAGACAGUGCAGAUGUCAAACACACCUUGGAGGAAGGAAAAAACUGGAGCGACUCAGUUGGUUUGUCCCGGUCGGUCCGGAAAGCGCAGGAUUCACAGCAGCCUCCAAGGAAGAUCAAUGGCUGGAACUCUACGUCUGAAUACCAGAAGCCUUCACAGGGAAGUGCUCUCAGACAGCAGUCCCUUGAGGAUAAAGAAGAAAAAGUGCCACUGAGACAGAAGUUUGUGCACUCUGAGAUCUCUGAGGCUGUUGAACGGGCUAGGAAGCGACGGGAGGAGGAAGAGCGGCGAGCCAGGGAGGAGCGUCUAGCAGCCUGUGCUGCCAAGCUGAAGCAACUUGAUCAGAAAUGCAAACUGGCUCAAAAGAGUGGGGAGACCCAGAAACACACUGAGAAUGAAGACCUGCGACCCCCAAACACAGAGAAAAGUGCCGUGCAAGAAAAUGGUCAUGUUUUCCGUAGAGCAACACCUGAGUUUCACACGCAGGAUGUCUCUGGCUAUCUGGAAGAGGAGACUCCUGCCCCAGCGGCACCCCAAAGCAGCAGUGAGGAUGAACUCAGAGAAGCUCCAUCCCCAGCACAGGAAUUCAGCAAAUACCAGAAGUCUCUUCCCCCACGAUUCCAGAGGCAACAGCAGCAGGAGCAGCUAUACAAAAUGCAGCACUGGCAGCAGCAACAAGUCUAUCCUCCCCCAUCCCAUUCGCAUCGAACUUUCUACCCACCACACCCCCAGAUGCUUGGCUUCGACCCUCGCUGGAUGAUGAUGCCCUCCUACCUGGACCCUCGCAUGGCUCAGAGUCGCACUCCUGUGGAUUUCUACCCUUCAGCCCUUCACCCUUCAGGAAUUAUGAAGCCCAUGAUUCAGCAGGACUCCAUCGGUGGGAACAGCUGUCGAUCUGAAGAUCAGAACUGUCAGGCAGGUCAGGUGGAAAGGAAGGCUGCUCCCAUGGACCCUGUGCCAGUAUGGGGCCAGGAGAGCUAUGCAUCUCUGCAGAGCAAAGGGUACUCCCUGUCACAUCAAAAGCAGUCUGACAACAUGACCAUGGAGGGGCUGCAUGCCAGAAAUGGCAGUUCUUACUCUUCCUCUCCCGGAAGGCCAGAGAAUCUGAACACCCAGCGAGAUCUCUUUGAGGAAAGAGGGGAGGAAUACUUGAAUGCUUUUGACAAGAAGACCCAAGGAGACUUUGACAGCUGCCUGUCUUCUCAGAGGCUAGGCCAAGAUCUCUUAUUUCAGCAUCAGGAGAGUGUGCAGGAAACCUGUCCUUCCAGCAACCGCCAUGCAAACUUGAGAUGUUCACCUCUAGAGCCUGACUUUAUCCAAGCAGAGAAGAAACCAGAAUAUAAUGGCUGGGAUAUCAGCCACCAUCAGAAACCUUCAGAGCCUGCAGCGGAGAUUACUGAAGAAGUUCCGAGAAAUGAGCAGUCAUUUGCUGCUGACCCAUGGAAGAAAGAAGGAGCUAGUAAUACCAAACAGCCUGCUGAAGAGACAGCAGAGUGGGCCCCUGAAAACCGAAGCACAGGUGUUCAACAGCAGGAGCAAAUUGGGAGGACACGGCGAUCAGGCCCAAUCAAAAAGCCAGUUCUGAAAGCCCUCAAGGUGGAGGAGAAGGAGAAGGAGAUGGAGAAGGUCAAACUGGAGGGAGAGGACACCUCACGCCAUCUGAAGGAGAAGGUGACUGUUCAGAAAGUGGAAAACGAAUCAGACGACUCUGCGGCCUUACUGAACUCCACACGUUAUCUGCUGGAUGACAAAGGCUCUUCCCAAGCCAGCCUUGCCCGAGAGGCUGAGAAGUCACAAGAGGAAGAGGAGGAGGAGGAGGAGGAAGAUAAGCCAGAAAGAACCUGGGAGAACAAGGUCUCCAGAGAAUCCAGUGAGCUUCCUCCCACUAAAAGAAAUAACUGGAUCUUCAUUGAUGAAGAGCAAGCCUUUGGUGGGAGAGGUCAAGGGCGUGGGCGAGGGAGAGGCUUCAGAGAAUUCACUUUCAGGGGCCGAGGCACUGUUGUGAGCAGUCGGGGAGUCUAUAACAACCAGCGGAGCAGCCGAGGGCGAGGGCUCCGGGAGUUCAACCAGCCAGAGGACUUCCCCAGGGGCAAGCCAAGGCGACGGAUUGCAAGUGAGACGCAUAGCGAAGGGUCAGAAUAUGAGGAACUCCCCAAACGUCGCCGGCAGAGGGGCUCAGAAAACAGCAAUGAUGGCUCUGUGCUGGACAGAGAGGACAGUGAUUUGAAGAAGGGAGACUUCAAAGAGUCUUGGAGGUCCAACAAAAUCUAUUCAGAUGAUCACACUAGUCUCGACCCUAAGAUGAGGGCCCCAAGAGCUUUUGGGAGAUCACUGCCACCAAGACUAAGCAACUCUGGCUAUGGGCGAAGAGGUUUCAUGGGCAAGGAGCCAACCCAGUGGCAAGGCAGGAGUGGGGGAGCGGGGUGGCAGGAGUACAGCCACACUUCUCCAUCAGAUGGUUUUGGGAGCCGGCAACAGUCUGACAGAGACUACAUUCAGGAUUCCUACAAACACGUGGAUUCUUUCUCUAGCCGGGUUUUUGAUGAGAGCCAUUUGGAUGACAAGAGGCACUUCUUCCAGGAGGAUUACUUAGCAGAUCAGGAGAACAUAGAGAACAGGCCAUUCAGGAGGCGGCGUCCCCCCCGUCAAGACAAGCCCCCACGCUUCAGGCGCCUCCGGCAAGAACGAGAAUUGGUUGGGCAGUGGAACCCUGAGGAGGGAGGCCCCAACCUGCUGCCCAGCCAGUGGCCAGGACGGCCCAAGCUGAGCACCACAGAGAAGAGCAGCAUCUCGGGCAGACGGUCUCCUGAGCUAUCCUACCAGAACUCCUCAGAUCAUGCCAACGAGGAGUGGGAGACAGCAUCUGAAAGCAGUGACUUCAGUGAGCGUCGGGAGAGGCGAGAUGGAGUUUCAGAGAGUGAGGGCCAGCUGGAGAGUGGCCUUGGGAGUGGCAGCUUGGGAGAGAAGAGAGAGCUAGCAAAGAGGAGCUUCUCAAGCCAAAGGCCGCUGGUGGACAGGCAGAACCGCAAGGCUGAGCCAGCAGGGUAUGCGGAGCAGUCUGUCCGGACUGUAGGAGCAGCUUCACGAUAUGAGAGCCAGCAGAAUGGGACACUCAUAAAAAGCAAAAGAUCUCCAGAAGAAGGAGGGGGCCUUGGCAACACCAGUGGUGGGAGCAGCCACUCCAUUUACAGCCUGGAUAGGGCCUCUCUUGCGAACUCAGAGAGUGCUGAAGGGCCGGGUAAAAAGUCAGAGAAGGAGCCAAAGUCUGCUGUGCAGAGAGCAAGCGAAAAGGGAGAGACAUUAUCACAGUUUGAACUGAAUUAUGGAAGUACCAUCAUUGAUAAUCGGGUGUCAAGCACAGCAGAAGAGAAUGAAGUGGGAUCUAUGGCGGGUGAAGGCUUCAUUGAAGUUCUUACCAAAAAACAGCGUCGUUUGCUGGAAGAGGAGAGAAGGAAGAAGGAGCAGGCUGCUCAGGCACCAGCUAAGGCCCGUGUUCUUCAAUCUCGCAUUCCUCCUCGAUUUGCUAAGAAGCAGAACAGCUUGUGCUUGGAGCAAAGUGAUGUAACUGUGUCUGGAAACAGCCUGGGCACAGAAAUCUGGGAGAGCAACAGCCCAGCUCUUUCAGUUCAGUCUCCUGGAAGUGAUUCCUGGAGCAAGCCUGUAAAUACCUUCAAUGGUACUGAAUCUAGUUCCACUGAGCAGGGUUUUAAAGGCAGCCAGGGGGAUAGUGGCAUUGACUUGAGUGCGGAGUCUCGGGAAUCCUCCGCGACCUCCUCUCAGCGCAGUUCUCCAUAUGGCACCCUCAAACCAGAGGAGAUGAAUGGGGCUGGCCUGGUGGACCCAAAGCCUGACUGCCAGAAGGAGCAAGUGCAGAAGCAAUCUGAUAAAAAGGAUUCAGAUCAAGGCUCAGGACAGAACAAGGAACACAAGCCUGGACCAAUCGGCAACGAACGCUCCCUGAAAAACAGAAAGGGUUCGGAGGGAACGGAACGGCUGGAAGGGAAUAUUCCCCCUGUUAAUGGGGUGGAAAUUCACGUGGAUUCUGUACUUCCUGUGCCACCCAUUGAAUUUGGAGUAAAUCCUAAAGACUCUGACUUCAGCUUGCCACCUGGUUCUGCUUCUGGCACAGCAGCUAAUCCCGUCACCAAAUUGCAGGAUGCCUUGGCCAGUAAUGCAGGGUUAACGCAGUCCAUUCCCAUUCUGCGAAGAGAUCACCACCUUCAGAGGUGCAUUGGCCUGAACCCAAUGUCCUUCCCCACUGCAGAGCUUACUCUUAAGAUGGAGUCUGCUCGUAAGGCUUGGGAAAACUCUCCUAGUUUACCAGAACAGAACUCUCCAGGAGGUGCAGGCUCAGGCAUCCAGCCUCCUUCCAGUGUUGGAGCUUCCAACGGUGUCAGCUACAGCUCUUUUGGCGGAGUUUCUAUGCCUCCUAUGCCUGUGGCGUCCGUAGCACCUUCUGCAUCUAUUCCAGGUAACCAUAUUCCCCCCCUGUAUCUGGAUGGCCACGUAUUUGCAAGUCAGCCCCGUCUGGUUCCUCAGACGAUACCUCAGCAGCAAAGCUACCAACAAGCGGCUGCUGCUCAGCAGAUUCCCAUUUCCCUCCACACAUCCUUGCAGGCCCAAGCUCAGCUUGGCCUGAGAGGUGGUCUGCCUGUUUCUCAGUCCCAGGAGAUGUACAGCUCCAUACAGCCCUUCAGGUCUCAGGUGUAUAUGCACCCCAGUCUAUCUCAGCCCAGCACCAUGGUCCUGACAGGAGGCACUGCUCUAAAGCCUCCAUAUUCCGCCUUCCCAGGCAUGCAGCCCUUGGAGGUGGUGAAAACCCAGUCUGGAUCUCCCUAUCAGCCCUUGAAUGGAAGCCAGACGCUGGUUUAUGAAGGCCAGAUAAACCAAGCAGCUGGUAUGGGAGCCUCCCAGAUGAUGGACUCUCAGCUUACACAGCUAACGAUGCCUGUGCCUGGCUCCCAGCUUCCGCUGCCUCGCUAUGGCUCUGGCCAGCAGCCCCUGAUUCUGCCACAGUCCAUCCAGCUUCCUCAAGGGCAAAACCUGUCUGUAGGAGCUCCCCGAAGAAUUCUUCCUCCUGGAUCACAGCCUUCAGUUCUUGCUGCCAGCAGGGAGUCCUCCCAAAUGGAAAUGAAAGGCUUUCAUUUUUCUGAUGGUAAACAGAAUAUGUCCUCUGGAGGGUCUGUACCGUCACCACACGCAUACAGAAUUUACUCCAUGAAUGUUGUCGACUCUUCGAUUUCCAGGCCUAGCUCUGCCAGCCCAAAUGGGAAGCCAUCUGGACCAGCAGUUAGUAUGGGCUCUGUGCAAGGACACUAUGUGCAACAGGCAAAGCAACGGGUGGAUGAAAAUAAAGCCAAUCUGGGAGCAGUAAAGCUGCAAGAAACAGCCUCCACAAGCCAGAUGAAACCAGUGCGCACAGGAGCGAUCAAACCUCAGGCAGUAAAAGUGGAGGAAAGCAAGGCCUAGGAGCACAGCUGAUGCCAGCUGAUCCUGCUGGCUGAUAGGUCCUACAGCUCAGACUGAACCCCACUGGAUCUCCUGAAAAUCUCACCAGACCUACGCCUGCCCCACACUGACUGGCUACAGUGACAUCAUCCAAGUCCCUCUCCUAGCAAAGCAGUUUGAAACGGUGGAUAUGACAUUGACCUGCUUGCUUUGAAACAAACCAACCAUGUGACUUUUAAGUGGCUUAAGCCUUUUUUUUCUCCACCCCAUGCCCCAUCCACAGGUAGCUGUGAUAGCUCACUUGGCAAAGCCCAUCCUUCUCCUUCCCUACUUCUGUCUCAGCAGAGUGGCAACUGAAGGAGAGGGGGUUACUUUAGAGGUUUUUCAUUUUAAAGGCAGCUGAGGUUUUUACAGAGAAAAAAAGCUAUAUCCUUGUUUAUAGCAGAACUUUUAUAUGUUCUCUCACUUUUUUCCCUUUCUUUCUGCUUUCCUCAUUCCUUCCAGAAGAGAAGUCCCAUUAACUAAAAUUAUGUUCUGACAGAACUCCUCCUGAUUUUUAUACGUAGUUCUGUGCAAUGCUGAGAAUCUAUACUCUUCUAAAUUGAGUUGGAUUGGGUAUAUUUUCCCCAGAUAAUUUAGCCUUUCAGAUUGUGUAAAAGCAAAACAAACAACCACAGUACACUUAUAGCGUUCAUGAAUUUUUCAGUAUUUUUGUUUUAAGCUAGAAGCAGUGCUUGCAUUAGAAUAAAUGUGUACUAAAGUAUAUAGUAGAUCAGUGCAUUAAUCUUGAAAGUUGCACCAUGUUAAUUGUAGCUUUGGGGUGCCUCGUGCACAACAAAAUGUGGCAUUUUCGUUUUAAGGAAAAACGCACCAAACUUCUGUUGCAAGCUCCUCUGGAUCUAGGGAUUUUUGUUUGUUUUUUGUAGGUUUGAGAUUUCUUUAGUGACUGCCAAACAUGCAGCAAAAUGUAAAUCAUGGACUUGCAAAAUGUAAAAUCUUAAGAGAAAUCUCCUCACCACUCAUGGGUCAGAAGAGUUGGCUAGAGCCAACGGGUUUGUUUGGACUACUUUUUGUAGUUGUGAUGCUCUCUUAUGCUCCCUACUUUGGCUGCUUUAAUUCCUCGUCUCCUGAGACUUGUUCUAUAUUGUGCUUAUCCGUUGGGGCUGCUUUCCUAAGCUUUGUUCUUCUCCCUUUUCCCUAGGUCUUUCUGUUCCUCUCAUGGCCUCUUGUAAUAUUUGCUUAGAAACACAUUAGUAAGGGAGCUCCUCUGCAAGGCAGCCUUUUUAGCACACUUAGAACUCUUUUUUUCUAUUGGAAGCGCAUGGAUUCAGAGUCAGUUUGGAAUCAUCCUUUUGAUCUCCUUCCACAGGUGAACAGCAAAUGGUUCUUUAGUUUUGAUGUAAUAGCAUAUAGUGUGUAUACUGUGUCGCAACCUUACACUUUCUCACCAAUAUUUAUUUGAUGGUAAAUGAAAGGAGGGUCCCAGUGGGAGUGGGUUGGGUUUUUAUUUUUUUGGUUGUUUGAUUAUUUUUGUUUGUUUGUUUAUGUAUGUGUGUGUGUGUGCCUGUGUGUAUGUAGAUUUUAGAACGGACUUGCAAGUUCCUGAAAGUUCUUGGAGUCCAUAAGCUGACAGUAGUCAUAAGUAAAUUCAGCUACUUCCAGCUAACUUGGUUUGUGUUGUUUAGCUCUUCGAAAAUGUAAAGUAGGCUGGUCACUCCGAAGUGAGGGAAAGAAAAACUUCAUUUCCACAGUAGAUGAUAGCUUGCUAACUGGCUGUGCUGUCUGCAUCUGUUAGAUGGCAGCAAGUCAUUUGUUGGUGGUUCCAAAGAAGAUAUUUUGAACAAAGAAUGUAUUUGGGAAGGGAUCUGGAAGGUGUUCUUGUUUGUGUGCUUUUUUUCCCCCCUUUAUGGGAUAUAUCCUUCAUAACUUUCUAGGGAUGCAUUUGAAAUUUUAAGCUAGGUAUAAAUAAGAAUUUUAUACAGUAGCUUUAAAAAGAGCUUAGAAACCUAAACUAACUUAGACAUAGUAAUGUACCCUUUCCAUAGGUUUCCCCACUGACUGUGGCAGAGAACGUGAAGGGAAAGGGGAUAGGAUGGUACUUCUAAGAAAAAUAAGAGCUCUUUUAUUUCUCAUGUUUUAUGGAUUUUUUUUUUAAACUUCAGAGCAGAGUGUGCCAGCAUCUCUCUAGCAUCCUCCUUUAAAGUACAGGGUUUGAGAUUAAGCAACAAAUAUUUCCCCAGGCUUCAGACAACUCCCAGACCUGCUUCCUCAUCUGCUAGUCCUGCUCCCAACAUUUUCCAAAGAUUUUCCACCAGGAAGUCAUCCCACCGCACCUUUUAUUUUCUGUGGAAUAUCAUGAACAACAGAAUUGUCUUUUGCAUUUUUUAUUAUCCUCCUGCCCAGCUGGCCCUACUAAUGUCAGCCCAGAACCUAACUGUAAUGGCUAAAGAUAUUCAACCCAGGCUCCCUUCUUCUCACAUCUUUCCUAUCCUAAUAACACUACGUAAGCUUUACAAAGAACUAACCUCUUUCCUCCUACCUUUAUGACUCUUAGAUGGUCAAAUGUGUUGGAGAAAUUGGGUUAUUGCUAUACGCAAGAUACUGCAGUCCCUCUGGUGUAAAUGCCAUCAGAACUACAACACUUCCUGUUGAAAAAGGUCACCCUUCUUUCUCUUUUAACCUCUCCCAUCCUUCCCCCAACAGAAUAAAACACUAGAAUUUAUUUAUACAUAUUUGAUGUUGUAGGUCUAGGUGAAAAAGUAAUUGUUUCACUGCUCUAUUUAUAUAUUAUGUCUGAAUUAUUCUGUGUAGGAAAGGCCAAGAAAUGCAUGUGAGCUUCAUUCCAUUCCUCUCCUUUGCGUGACUGUCAGCUGCAGUUGGCACAACACCCUUCUGCUGAAUGGAAUUCUGUGUGAUGGAACGCAGUUUUAGAGCCCAAAUUUCUAAGGUGCAAUAUCCUAUUUCUCUGGCAUAUAUUUUUGUUUGUUUGUUUAAAGCUAGUACGAGGUUACUGCAGUUAGUAAGUAGUGCUCUUAAGUCAGAAGGAACGUCUCUGAUUCUCAAGGUGCAGAAGUGCCAGGGAUGCUGAUUUGCUGAAAAAAAAAUUCAGCUUGAAUCUAUCUGAAUUCUCAGAUAGAGAAUGGCAAUGUUUAAAAUGCUUAUGUUUAUAAGGGGAUACUUUUUGGUUUACUGUCUCCACUGCUGAAGGGUAGUGCCCUGAUGAUUUAUUUCUUUGCAAGUUGCUUUCAUUUUGACUGGAAUUCUGCUACUAAACAGUGGGCUCCUUCUGCUGGAAGGAUGCAGUGUGCAGUGGGAGGGAGAGGUGGGAUCUGAAUUUUCAGCAUAAGUGGGUGAGGCAGGAGUGCUUGGAGGCUGACUUUGCUGCUUUUUGUACAGCUGAAGGUCUACACCAUGUGUAAACAGUUCUGCACACAGUGAUUGACUGCCUAACCUGCUGCACGUGGUGCUGCUUUCCUUUCCAGCUCAGUCUGCUUUUAGCCUGCAAUGAAAAAUAAUAAAGGUUAGGGGGGAAAAAACAAAGCUCCAGCGUAUUUUCAAAUGACAGGUGGAAGCACCAGUGAAACAGGUAUUGUUCUCGUUCCUAAUUCACUCUUGGCUCAGCCACAUGACAGCUACACAGUAGUCAGCCCAUUGAGCUCCACACGUGUUUGUGUUCAUGCAGACACACGUAAGAGUUUCCUCGCAAGAAUGUUGCAGAGCUUCGUGCUGCCCCGUGGUUCCUGUAUAUUUGUGGAUCUAUAUUAAAACAAUGAGCUUAGCUUUUUUGCUAUGUCUCAUAUUCUGGCAGGCUGCUGUAUUCACUGCAUGCUAAGAUCUCGUUUUGUUGCAUUUUGCUAACCUUUUGUUUCCCUUCUGACUUAGCUAAGCAUAGAUUAAUCCUUGCAAUGUGGGUUAUUUUCAAUGUCCAGCAGCCCAGUUUCUUCAUAUUCUGUAAAUAGAGAUCACCUUACAGCAGGCACUGGGAUAGUUGGGCGGCCCAGCAGACACAAACACUGCUGAAGGGCUGCUGGCUGCAAAGGGACAGCAGCAGUUGGUUGGGUUGGAGUUCUUUGUUCCUUUCCCUCAAAGCCCACCGGAUGUCCCUCAGCUGCAGGCGCCUGCUUGUGUGCACCAUGGCCGCAGUGAGGCGCUCCCCCCUGCCGUGCCUCCAGGCCUUGUCCUUGGCUGGAACCCCCUCUGGCUCUUUGUGGAUCGCAUUCGUUGUUUCUCCAGGGGAUAUUGCACUCCUCCGAGCUUUUAACCUCAUGACUUGUGUAGUACUUUUUUUCCUGCUAACCUCAUGACCUGUACAGUACAUUUGUUGUUUUUUUUUUGGCCUUUCCUUUCUUUGUCUUUCCAUGUAGACCAGAUAUUUGAAAGGGCAGACGAUGGAUAAUUGUGUAACGUGCAACCUGUUAAUAUUUUUUGGAAACUUUUCCUUGGACCGGAACUCGAAUCACAGCAUCACCAGGCCAGUUGCGGCACACCCUUUAUUGCCCUUUUUCCUCAUUUCAGUACCUAUUGUUUCUCCUUUCAAAUAUGUGAUUGUAUUAGCUCUUUCCAUAUGAAAGAAUUCUCCUUAUUUAAAUAAAAAAAAAAAAAUAAAGCAGGUUAUGCUUUUCUCAA